AGCAUGAAUACUAAGGAGAAUGGUAAAACAUGUUGCUUUAAAAAGUGUGAUGUUAAAGGAUUUCUUGAUGAUCGUAUAGAGGUUAAAACUGUUCUUCCAAAAUCUGGAUUUGGAAAAAAUAUAAAGAAGCAGUUUUUAGUGAAUUGGCAUCCAAAUGGAGAAGCAGAAUUCCAUGUAGACUGUUGGGAGAAAUUGUACUCAUUAUCAAGGUCAAAGUCCAGGAAAGAGUCACCAUGUAUGACAAAGGAAGAGAAGACACUGGUAAAAACUGCUGAUGAUGCAUCUGAACAGUUUGACAAUAAAAGUAAAAUCUUAGAGGAGGCAAAGAAAGCUGCUGAAUGGAUAAAGUCUGCCAGUCACUGUGUAGCAUUUACUGGCGCAGGAAUAUCAACAUCGGCUGGUAUUGGUGAUUACCGAGGAAAGGCUGGAAAAUGGACAGAAGAAGACCAAAACAGAGUAAUUAUCAAGGCAACAGAUUUAGCUGGUUCCCAGACUUGUGAUGAUGAGCCACCUACCAAGAAGAGGAAGCAGGAAUCAAGUCAGGACACCAGUGAUGAUGAUGUGAAGGAUGGUGAUGAGGAUGAAGAAGAUGACGGUGUCCCAUAUGAAAAAUUAAGACCAACUUACACCCAUGAAGCAUUGUACAAACUGAUGAAAAGUGGUUAUCUGAAAAGUAUAAUUAGCCAAAAUGGUGAUGGUCUACACAGCUUAUCGGGAAUACUAGACGAUAAAAUAUGUGAACUUCAUGGGAAUGUGUUUGUGGAAGUUUGUGAAAAGUGUGAACAGCGAUAUCAUCGCAAGUUUUAUGUUCUGGAUGAUAUAGGUAGUCAGUACUUUGAAGAGAUUGAAGAUUUUGGAGAAUCCAGUGUUAAGAAGCCAAAAUUUGCUGUAAAAUGUGACCUCUGUGGUUUGAGUCACAGGACAGGACGUAAAUGCGAAGUCAAGGUACAAGUUUUUUUCUUUUUAUAUCUCUGCCAUAAUCAUUUAAUACUUUUUACAGCAGAACAUAUUCAUUUAACUUUCUAAUAGUGGCAAGCCUUAGACUUUUUAAUCCUAUAUAAAAAAUAAACAGAUAAAGCUUAGCUGCUAUAAUUACCAGUUCUGAAGUUUAUUUUGUAAGAACUGCUUCCA